AUGGCUGGACAAAAGAUUUGGUUGCGCGCUGAGACCAAGCCCGCUGAGGCGCGGUCUGCCCUGACACCUACUACCUGCAAGGCAUUGAUGGAUGCUGGAUACGAUGUGACUGUUGAGCGGUCCACCCAGCGCAUUUUCGAUGACGAGGAAUUCGCCAAGAUUGGAGCCCCCCUCGUUGCGGAGGGUUCCUGGGUCCAGGACGCACCUAAGGAUGCUGUCAUUCUGGGCCUGAAGGAGCUCCCCGAGGAAGACUUCCCUCUGGAGCAUGUCCACGUCACUUUUGCCCACUGCUUCAAGCAGCAGGGUGGCUGGGAGAAGGUCUUGAGCCGCUGGCCUCAAGGAAAGGGCACAUUGCUCGACCUAGAAUUUUUGACUGAUGAUUCGGGCCGUCGUGUUGCCGCCUUCGGAUGGUCCGCCGGUUACGCAGGAUCUGCUUUGGCUGUGAAGAACUGGGCGUGGCAAUUGACUCACCCCAACGAGUCCUUGCCUGGCGAGGUUCCCUACGCCAACAAGGAUGCCUUGAUUGAGUCCGUGAAGGAGUCUCUCGCAGCCGGUAUCAAGGUUGCUGGCAAGGCCCCUAGAAUUCUUGUUAUUGGAGCUCUUGGACGCUGUGGCAGCGGUGCCGUUGAUCUGGCCAAGGAUGUCGGCAUCCCUGACUCUAACAUUCUCCAGUGGGAUAUGGCUGAGACUAAGAAGGGUGGCCCCUUCGAGGAAAUCGCUCAAUCUGACAUUUUCGUCAACUGCAUCUACCUAUCUAGCAAGAUCAACCCCUUCGUGAACGUCGAGUCCCUCUCUGUACCUGGCCGUAACCUCUCUGUGAUCUGCGACGUGAGCGCCGACACCUCCAACCCCUUCAACCCCAUUCCCCUGUAUGAUAUCACCACCACUUUCGAUAAGCCCACAGUCCCCGUCACCGGCCUGAAGGACGGCCCAGCCCUGAGCGUGAUUAGCAUUGACCACCUCCCAUCUCUGCUCCCCCGUGAGAGCUCCGAGAUGUUCAGCGAAGCCCUCCUGCCUAGCCUUCUCACCCUUAACGACCGGGCCAACUCUCGGGUCUGGAAGCAGGCCGAGCAGCUCUUCGAUGAGAAGGUCGCUACUCUGCCCAAGUCGCUUCAGGCAUAA